GGUGUGUUAAAGAGACAGGGCCCCGGUGCGGGUGUUUCACCCGGCUGGGCUCUGCGGCCGUAGUGGCCCUGGGCGUGCGGCCGGCGCCCGUGACAGCAGCGUCGCGGAGCCGGCUACCCCGACCUGGGGCCGCGGCUGAUCUUGGUGGCAGAGCCGCAUCGUCUGGUGGGAUGGGAGGCGAAGUGGGAGCUGAUGGUCCCCGGGGCCGUGUCAAGAGCUUGGGGCUAGUGUUCGAAGAUGAGAGCAAGGGGUGCUACUCAAGUGGCGAGACAGUGGCCGGGCACGUGCUGCUGGAGGCGGCAGAGCCGGUCGCCCUUCGCGGGCUGCGCCUGGAGGCCCAGGGCCGUGCCACCUCUGCCUGGGGCCCGAGCGCUGGGGCCAGGGUCUGCAUCGGUGGCGCCUCUCCUGCAGCCUCCUCAGAGGUGGAAUACUUGAACCUGCGCUUGAGUCUGCUGGAGGCUCCAGCUGGUGAAGGCGUCACAUUAUUACAACCAGGAAAACACGAGUUUCCCUUUCGCUUUCAACUUCCAUCUGAACCUUUGGCAACAUCGUUUACUGGGAAGUAUGGCAGUAUUCAGUACUGUGUGAGGGCUGUUUUGGAACGACCCCAAGUUCCAGAUCAGAGUGUAAGAAGAGAGCUCCAGGUUGUCAGUCACGUGGAUGUCAACACACCACCCUUAUUGACUCCUAUGCUGAAGACACAGGAGAAAAUGGUUGGCUGUUGGCUUUUCACUUCCGGUCCCGUGUCACUGAGCGUCAAGAUUGAGAGAAAGGGCUACUGUAACGGAGAAGCUAUCCCUAUCUAUGCAGAAAUAGAAAAUUGUUCGUCUCGGCUGGUUGUUCCUAAGGCGGCCAUAUUCCAAACCCAGACGUAUUUGGCUAGUGGGAAGACAAAGACUGUCCGGCACAUGGUUGCCAACGUUCGAGGAAACCACAUUGGUUCUGGGAGUACGGACACAUGGAACGGGAAGAUGCUGAAGAUUCCACCUGUCACUCCAUCCAUCCUGGAUUGCUGCAUUAUCAGAGUGGACUACUCCUUAGCUGUAUACAUUCACAUUCCUGGUGCUAAAAAAUUGAUGCUGGAGCUGCCUUUGGUUAUUGGUACAAUUCCAUACAGUGGCUUUGGACGCAGAAAUAGCAGUAUCGCAAGCCAAUUCAGUAUGGACAUGUGCUGGUUGGCACUGGCCCUACCGGAGCAGCCUGAAGCACCACCAAAUUAUGCAGAUGUGGUAUCUGAAGAAGAAUUCUCCAGACAUGUUCCUCCAUAUCCUCAGCCCUCCGACUGUGAGGGGGAAGCCUGCUAUUCUAUGUUUGCCUGCAUACAAGAAUUCCGUUUCCAGCCUCCGCCUCUUUACUCAGAGGUUGAUCCACAUCCUGGUGAUGCCCAAGAGACCCAGCCUGUAUCCUUCAUUCUCUGAACGGACUCCAGACUUCACUGUGUUGUUACCAACUUAGAAUAUUGGUUCUUUCGUCUGCCUUUGUUGGAUGAGAGAGAAAGUUUACUUCAGAAUGUUGGUGAAUGUCAAUCCCGAAGAUGACAGAAAUGAAAGAAUAUGAGAACUUUUAGUGGUCCAGGGGGAUGGUUACGCAGUUUCUAGGGUGGGCUCACUUGUCCCCUUUAAAGGUGGAUGAAAAUAUGAAUUGAAAAACAGGAAGUUCUGGUGGUAGGAGAGAAUGUAACAGGAUGCCCAGACUAUUGAAGAGAGGAGCCUUAAGGAAUUAGGACGUUACUGGAGUGUGCUCUGAUCAGGGUUCACACACUGUUAUAAACUUGCGGAUUUGGUAGGAAGACAUGGUUUAGGGGAACAAGACAGCUUUGAAGUGACUGUGAAUGAGUGAAUGGUCUACUUUCAAUGCAAUUGAGGUCCCCAUGUUUGGGGGGGUCUCCAUGAUUUCUUACCAUGUUACCAUAGCAAGGAUCCAGGUCCUUGAAAGUAUCCUGUCUGGAGUCAGUGGUCAUGUGACAUCCUAAUGGAACUGACAGUGGCUCCAGUCUUUCAUGAGGAGGCUAAAAUGUACCUUGAAAAUUGGCUAUACUGUAGUAGAGAAGCCUAGAAGGGGUUCCUUAAAAGCUUGCCGUAUCAAAAGGAGAAAAGGAAUUGUUCAUAAAAGUGUGUGUUGUAAAGGCCUGUACUUCUUACACUUUUAAGAACUGCUUGCAGGGUGUAUGUUCGAUUUUUCUCAUUCCUUAUUCACCUAGGGAAUAUUAGAAAAUGGAGGAGUGACAUCUUUGGGAUACCUGAUACCUACACAGAACAGAGUGUUCUCUUAUCCUACCUCUAGUGGCUUUGUCAGACCUGCUCUCAGAAGUCCAGCCCUGACUGAUCUCUGGGGUUUCUGCUCUAUGCAGUAAGCAGAUUCCUCUCAAUCUGUCACUUGACAUGAAAACUAGACCAAGGGAAAAGUCCAUGAGCUCAGCAUUAAAUAGAAAUAAAUAUGUACACCUAAGAUUUCAAGAAAUCCCAAAUCAAAAGAGGACAGGAGCAUGCCUGAACUUGGUUCCUGUGAAGAGGCCUAGGUGGACAGAUGACAGUUUGGGGGCAGUACAGUCAUAUUCCAGUUUGUUAGUAAUUCCAUUUAUACUGUGAUUUUUUUUUUCUUUAAAAAAAUUGUUUUGGUGCAAUAUUUUGUUGUCUUUGAGCCUCAGGAUAUUCAGACCUACAGGGCUGUGUUGCUGCUGGCAGGGUCAGCCAUGUCUCUACCAGCCUCUUCCCUCUGUUCACAGUCACAUGCUCAAAUGUUUUGCCUCCAGUCUGUUGGUCCCAUGAACUGAGAACAUUUCUGACACCAGGUGGGAGGGAGACUCACAGUUGAGAUCUUGACAAGCCAAAUCCUAAGGGUUUGAUUUAGAACCCUGGUGCUUCCCAGGCAGAAUGUUGUGCCACACCCAUCAUGGCGAUGGAAUACCUUUCAAUCACCAUGUUCCCUUAGAGACAUUCUUCUAGGGUAAAAUUUUAUAUCAAAAGUCAGUGGACCAUUUUGUUCAGGGAUUUUUGUACCAAUGUUCAGUGAAUGUGUUCUUCUCCCAGCUGAGCAUACCUCUCCUGUGAUUAUCUUAGGGUCAAACACGUGUGUUUCACUAUAUGCCAUUGUCAAAAAUGCCAAAUGGUAUUGCCAGUACUUGUGAUGUGGGAAUCGCCACAAAAAACCUUAUUUCUUCUUUUGGUUUUUAGAGAUUUCUUUCUUUCUUUCUUUUUUUUUUUUUUUUUUUUUUUUUUUUUUUUUUUUUUUUUUUCCUGUUGUGUGUCUGUAAACAGUUACGAUUGCUCACAUUCCAUCUAAACUGCUUUUAUCUUUUUGCCAUGGAAAAGAUGGUGAGCAGUCUUUUGGCUUCCAGCCUGUAGUUUACACACUCUGUCAAGUCAUGGUCCAUCCAUGAAACCAAAAAAAAAACGAAGGUAAAGAAAGAAACAGUACAGUAUGGAGUGGACAGAGAUAAUGGAGCAGCUUGGCUCCCUGUAGAUAAGCCAUGGCAGUCAGGUUGGUUAGAGAAAUCAUGAAGUCCCCCACGAAACAGAAGCACAGCUAUCAGUGGCAUUGAAGAGUGCAAAGACAUAACUUUAUACCUGUCUGUCUGGCCUGAAGCUUAUACCCAGGAUAACAGAAAUGUAGAAAACUACAUCUGAAACCCUGCAAAUGAAGAUCAGACUUUUAGCUGCUAACACUUGCCUAUUUAGUCCCCUCUUGCUCUCAUUUAGUUUGGGAAAAAAAAAAAAAAAAAAACGAAAAGUGCCCUUAGAAUUUUCUUUGGGAUGCACAAAGCUUGAAAUUCAAAGUGUGCAUCUUUUGGUGCACACAGUUCCUUCCCCUCCCCCAGGGCAUAACUUUACUUCCUGUGUCUUUGUUUUGCACAAUAAGAAACUCAGUAGGCAAAGGUUGUGUUUUUUGGUAAGUUCACUCGCUUUUUAAAAUUUUUAUUAAAAAUGUAAUAAUUUAACCAAGGGGAAAAUAAAGAUUGUAUUUUGUACUCUUCUUUGAACCCCAUGGGUUCCUUUUUGUUAAUAAAAUGGUUAUACUAAUGA